AUGGCCUCACCAUCAGUCGAAUGGCCCGGAGAGCUCGAAGCUUUGCGACAGGACAGGCGUCUUUUGACUGCUCGAGUUGAGCGUCAUGCGGCCGAGCUCCAAGCCGUCCGCAGAGACGUGGAGUCGGAAAAGCAGGAGAUUGUGCAAGAUUUCGAGCAGAGACUGGAGAGGUACAGAUGGAGGACAAGCAUUCUCACACAAGCAGUUGAGGAAGCGGAAGGGAAGAUCAGCAAGCUUGAGAAGGAAAGCAGCCAGACGGCCAAGCUGAAGGCCACGAUCAAAGCCCUGGGACAGCAGCUGCAGGAGGCACAGGCAAAGACAGAGUGCCUCGAGGAGGAAAAGGCCAGUCUCGCCGAGGAACGCGACUUCGCUGUUAUGCAUGCUGCAGCAAAAGAACGAGUCGUCAGGGCUGCUGAGCAUGUGACCAAAUGCAACGCAGGCAAGCACUGGGAGGAGUACGGCAGGCGAAUGGCUGCUUUGAAGGAGGCGAUCAACGGCAACGGCGGAGAGGAGUGA